AUGCUAGGCUUGGGUGUGCCUCGACUCAAAGCGCGGCCUUCACUGCUGGAUCUCAUUGCCAGAGACGAACGUCCAGCCCGUGCAUCACCGCCACCGCCCGAGCUGCCACCGCUUCCAGACUCACCCACCUCAACUGCUACCUCCACCGAUCACCUCUCUACGUCCACAUCCACAUCCACCCCUCCUUCCACCAUGGCCCCGGCAAAGGAUACUAGCUCUGAGAGCGAUGGCUCAAUCUUCUCUGUUUCCGGCCCUGUCGUCGUGGCCGAGCACAUGAUCGGCUGUGCCAUGUACGAGUUGUGCCGUGUUGGACAUGACUCACUUGUUGGUGAGGUCAUUCGGAUCGAAGGAGAUAAGGCUACGAUUCAGGUUUACGAAGAGACAGCUGGCUUGACGGUCGGUGACCCGGUGAAGCGAACGGGCAAGCCUCUCUCAGUCGAGCUUGGCCCUGGGUUGAUGGAGACGAUCUACGACGGAAUCCAGCGACCCCUCCGCGCCAUCUCCGACAAGUCCGAAAGCAUCUACAUUCCCCGUGGAAUUUCGGUUAAUGCGCUGGAUCGCGAGAGGAAAUGGGAUUUCAAACCCACGUCCUUCAAGGUCGGCGACCACAUCACGGGUGGUGAUAUCUGGGCCCCCGCUGGUAGCUACACGGUCGAGGAGAAUUUGCUCGAGAUUGAGUUCCAGGGCAAGAAGACCGAAUAUCCAAUGAUGCAAACCUGGCCCGUCCGAGUGCCUCGUCCUGUCAGCGACAAGCUGCCCGCCGAUGCGCCCUUCAUUGUCGGCCAGCGAGUCCUCGAUGCUCUCUUCCCGAGUGUCCAGGGUGGUACCGUCUGUAUUCCCGGUGCCUUCGGGUGCGGUAAGACGGUGAUUUCCCAGAGUGUGUCCAAGUUCUCGAACAGUGACAUCAUUGUGUAUGUUGGCUGCGGUGAGCGCGGCAACGAGAUGGCGGAAGUCUUGAUGGAUUUCCCAGAGCUUUCCAUUAAUGUCGAGGGCCGCAAGGAGCCCAUCAUGAAGCGCACCUGUUUGAUCGCCAACACCUCGAACAUGCCCGUCGCUGCCCGUGAGGCCUCCAUCUAUACCGGUAUCACCAUCGCCGAAUACUUCCGUGACCAGGGCAAGAACGUGGCCAUGAUGGCCGAUUCCAGUUCCCGCUGGGCCGAGGCUCUGCGUGAAAUUUCGGGUCGUCUGGGUGAGAUGCCUGCUGAUCAGGGUUUCCCUGCUUAUCUGGGAGCCAAGCUGGCCUCCUUCUACGAGCGGGCCGGUAAAAGUAGUGCCCUGGGCAGCCCCGAGCGCAAUGGCAGUGUUAGCAUUGUCGGUGCCGUUAGCCCGCCCGGUGGUGAUUUCUCCGAUCCCGUUACCAGCAGUACUCUUAGUAUUGUCCAGGUAUUCUGGGGUCUCGACAAAAAGCUGGCACAACGCAAGCACUUCCCCUCUGUCAAUACGGCCAUGUCCUACAGCAAGUACAAUGCGGUCCUGGACAAAUACUACGAGAAAGAGCACCCUGACUUCCCUCGCCUGCGUGAUCAGAUCCGUGAGCUUUUGACCAAAUCCGAGGAUCUGGACCAGGUCGUGCAGCUGGUCGGUAAAGCGGCGUUGGGCGACUCGGACAAGAUUACAUUGGACGUGGCAAGCAUGGUCAAGGACGACUUCCUGCAGCAAAACGGAUACAGUGACUACGACCAGUUCUGUCCACUGUGGAAGACUGAGUAUAUGAUGAAGGCGUUCAUGGGCUACCACGACGAAGCGCAGAAGGCCGUUGCCCAGGGCCAGAACUGGAGCAAGGUCCGCGACGCCACGACCGAUCUCCAGUCGGCAUUGCGGAGCAUGAAAUUCGAGGUGCCCGAGGACGAGCAAGAGGUCUCGGCCAAGUAUGAGAAGGUCCUGCAGUCCAUGUCAGACCGAUUCGCCUCGGUUUCGGAUGAGUGA